AUGCGUGAACGGGAGAUCCGGUACACAGCAGUGGACACUCCCAGUGGUAUGCUCUGGGAGUGGCUAGUGAUGCCACAGGGGCUAAGUAACGCCCCUGCAACGUUCAACAGAUGUGUUACGAAUCUAUUGCGAUCGGUGCGGGACUUCGCACCGAGUUACUUCGAAGAUGUCUUCGUUCAUAUCCGGGAUAUGGAUGUAAAGACGGAAGUGGAGGUUCAUAGAAUCCACGUCCGGAAAGUUCUUACGCUAAUGCGAGAGCAUAAGUUGUUCGCGAGCCUCAAGAAGUGUAUCUUCCGACUGGCCUGUGCCAGUGACGUCAAGGGACUUCGGAUAGGCCUUGGCUUGGCGGCGCACUUGCACAAGUACUCGCGCAACUAUGCCGAUAUGACCGUACAUCUCUCUCGUCUACUAAAGAAAAAUGAGAGGUGGUCAUGGAGUGCUGAGUGUCAGCACUACUUUAAAGUUAUCAAGAAAAGCUUGGCACAAUCGCCUGUGUUGGCGAUUGCAGACCAAGGCAGACCAUUCCAUGUGGUCUGUGACACCAGCGAUUUUACGAUCGGCUGCGCGUUGAUGCAGUACGACUCAGACGGCGUUGAGCGCGUCGUCUAUUAUCAUUCGCGUCAGCUGCAAGCAGCUGAGCGUAAUUACCCGGUGCAUGACAAGGAACUCCUUGCCAUGAAGUAUGCACUGGCCAAGUUUCGAGUAUAUCGCUUAGGAGAUAGGCCCCUCAUCGUUCAUACCGACCAUGCGUCGUUACGCACGGCCGUAAACAGUCCACACCUCUCGCAACGACUGGCGAGGUGGCUGGAUUUCUUCGCGAAGCACAACUUCUCCGUCGAGCGUAAACCAGGACGACUGAAUGUCGUCGCUGAUACUCUUUCACGUCGGCCCGAUUUCGAGCCGACUGCUCAACCCAGCAGUCGGGGUGAUCCCACCGUCGCGACGCUAACAGUGAAUGUUCCGUCGUCGAAUCUGCUCGACGAUGUGCGAAAAGAAUAUGUAGGAGCAAUGACACCUUAUUUUUGGGGAUUUGAAGAACGUGAAAAAUUGAUGGAAUUUUAUACGCAGAAGAUGAGCCUAUUCUGCGAGUGA